GAUAUCUUCCUUUUAGGGUAAGUGAAAUUGGGUGAAAAUAGCGUAAAAAUCCGUAAACUAAAUCCGCAUACGAAAUCCGGAAUCCGCAAAAAAACGAAAUACGAAAUCCGCAAAGAUCACCACGUGAUAAAACAAUUUCAGCGUAAUCACUGGUUUCUCCUGGGUGGCUAGAACUCGUACCUAUUUUAUAAUAAUUUUCUUCAAUUUUAGAUUAGUAAUCAUCUUUUGUUUGACCAUCUUCUGUAUAAUUAUUGGUUUGGGGCUUUUAUAUUUAUUUUACCGUAUGCGUCAAUUUGAAAAUUAUUUUACUCAGAGGAAUGCUUUGAAAACUGAAAUUCAAUUAAUGACACCAUUGCAGCCUGUUGAAGUAGUUGAAAAAAGGAGGGAAAAUGAAGAAAAUGAGGAAUCGACAAAACCUUUAUUAAAAGAUUAA